AAGACGUCGUUGAAUUAUGCGUGACUCAGCUUCGGGACGGGGAACAUUACCCAUUCUCACGUUGAUCAUGUCGUCCAUGUGUCUGGCAGGUUGGGAAGGUUGUGCAUUCGAUUAACGAAAGUAGAUUAAAGCAGUAGACACAACAUACUUCCACUGUAAGCCAAUCCUAUUGGCAGCAAUCGAACGCCAUUUCCGCUUUCCGAGCGGAUUAAACACUCUAACAAGAGAGCAACAAAACAACACAACCUCGUCCCCCGAUACGGCUGUACAGAAGUAGUUGCCAAAAAGUAGCCCGAAGGACUAUUUUGGGAAUAUCCCGUGCAGCGGCAACGGCCGAAGCAGCUAGGUUUAGUUUAGGUUAAGAGAAAGGACGGUAGAAGGCUUCUGGAAAGGCAUACAAUAAUUGUAUCUUUACUGUAGAGACUGUAGAUUGUCCACGCUUCAGUGACUCCGAAUUCGCCAUAUUGCUGUGCAGUAGAGAACAGCACCAUAACCAUAACAAUCCCAGCGCCCAUGAUGCGGAAAACAUAUUUACUUUUCUACUACAGGCGGGUUAUGUUCUUUCUCGAUUAAAUCAAGCCUCCUUUCCAGUGACAAACAAUAUUAUUGUCCACUGGUGUGGACAAUCAUCUCUACACGCCCUGCUGAUGACGUUGAUGACGAUCGUUAUGCUUUCGGGGGGUACACUUGAUCGCGGACGCACGUAAUUACGCGCAAAAUUAUCUCUACCGUAGGCUGCCCGUUCCGACACACUCAAGGGGUUGUUCCGAGGGAAGGUGGCAAAAGGAGGGGGCUAAUGGUUGGGUUGCAGGGUAGUGCGGCUUCUCAAACAGAGCGCACGCUCGCGUUCGUGUGUGCGUACCGUCUUGUAAAGCAACACAGGCAUACAAUCACACAAACCACUACCACCACCACAACCACGUAUCGCGAUAUUCUCCCUCUCCGCCGCGAGUGGCCAAGCAUACAAACGCCGCCGUGUGGGCGAUGAUGGGUGGUGGGGAUGUAUGACACGACGGCACGAACACCGGCAAGCAAGCAAACGCGCUUAGUGUGCGGUCAGUGUUGACGGGUGGUUCGCGGUUCUGUGUCGGCCGCAGCUCCACUCAUUCGAAGAACGAUCGUAGACCGCGACGGAAGUGUCUUGACUAGUAUCAGCUCUCUCGGACGAUUUCAUCCCCCCUGAGAGGGAGAAGAUAAGUGUUGUGUUCACUUCGCGGUAUCCUGGAGGGUGGUUAAUUGAACAGCAAAGUAAACUGUAAUUUGUUGUAAGAUUGCGCACGAUCGUUGCCCUUACACAAUGUGAACUAUUAACGAGAAGGUUGUGCCCUGAACAAUUAAGUUGCUGAGGUAAAAGUGAAAGAGACGCUAUAAUAUCCUCAUCUCGUGGUGUGUGGUGGGGCAUAAAAGCAUAGCAAAAAAGAGAACCUCCGUCAAUAGAGAAGAGUGAAGGCGCUCGCUUGUGAGAUUGUGUUUGUGAGAGGAAGAAACCCCAAAAUCAAAACAAAACCCUACAAAGCCAUAACAGAUUCUUGUUCCAAGGCGUCUGGUCGUACUGCAGCGCUAGAAAGCAUAAGGCUUCACCGUCUUGAGCUUCGGUUGCGUUUGAAACAAAGAAGAGAGUGCACUUGUGCAGAAGAGUCUAGAAGAAGGUGAGCAGGUUCAACGAUCACCCGUACAGCGGAGGUUAAAGAAGCUUCUGUUUUACUCCUAUUCUCCCCUACAUACGUAUUGUGAAAUGUGUAAAUUUGCUCUACUUUUCUGUGCCGUGCUGCUUCUCAUCGUUGUGUAGAAGAGAGAGAGAGGGAGGGAGAGAGAGAGAGAGAGCAUCGUUAUCAGAUAGUCCUCGCGGAAGUCUUCGAACGUGGAAGUUACGCGCUCGCAAAGCACUCAGGAAUACUGCUUCUACCCAGGAUCGAAACGCAAUUGAUCUUUCGGACAAACGUGAUUAACACCGAUCACACCUUCAAGUUCCUCUUGUGACAUACAAAGAAGAAAAGAAAAAGCCUCAACAUGAAUAGCAUAGUGAAUUUGUUCAGUAAUUUUAAGGAGUUCUACAGCGAAAUCAACGGUGCCACGCUGACCGGUGCCAUCGACGUGGUGGUGGUAGAGCAGCCGGACGGUUCGUUCGUAAGCUCGCCGUUUCACGUGCGCUUCGGCAAGCUGGGCGUGCUGCGGAGCCGCGAGAAGGUGGUCGACAUAGAGGUGAACGGCGAGCCGGUUGAUCUGCAGAUGAAGCUGGGCGAGUCGGGCGAAGCGUUCUUCGUGGAGGAAUGCGCCGAAGAUGACAGUGAAGUGCCGGCGCACAUGGCCACCUCCCCCAUACCGAGCCACUCGUAUCUCAGCAACUACGAAGAGACGGUACAACAGCGCAACGAUGGGCCCGGCGGGCCCAUCUUUAAGGCGCUGGAAGCGAACGAAGCAACAGGAGGGGCGGCCGGCGGGCCCGGAGCGGCGUCCGUGGUGGGGCCCACCUCCAUAGAGGUGGGCGAGGGAGGUGAGGUGAUGAAGAUGGUGUCGAGCCAAACGGGUGCCGGCGGUGAUGGUGAGGAAGAGCUGCUGCCUCGGUUGCGUCGCAACUCGGUCGACCUGUCGAACGAAAAUGCCGAGGUGGAGCGGGCGAAAUUCGAAAACCAAAGAUCCGAGUACAGCCACCGGCGGCACACGGACAAUCUUACCAACAGGCCGGACCUGUCGUUGACGAAGAAAGAGUACACCACGCAGAAGCUGCGCCAGGAGCUGAACGCCGCUGCCGAGGCUGCCGAGCAGGAGCAGAUCUUUCACAUGGAAGGGCUGGACGACGGUGGCGCGCUGGAGGGUGGUGUAGCCGGCGAGGAGCAGCAGGUGAUGCACGCUGGUGAGUGGAAGAACAGCACUCCCCUGCCGAGUGGCGCCGGCGACCAUCAGCUGGUGGAGGAUAAACAUUUCAAACCGAUCGAUGCUCAACCAACCACCGGUCAGGCGACUGAGAUCGUUCCCAUGGUGAUGGCAACCGCACAGCCGUCCGGAGACGGUGGAGCGGCGGACUCCAAAUCGAAGAAGAAGCGCAGGAAGAAGUCGCUGAUGAAGAAGAAAAAUACUCAGCGCAAAAAUUCGGCCAGCAGCAGCUCGGGCGCUGGGUCGAACCAUUCCGACCCGAAUGAGGGCACAGAGACGGACAGCUUGACCGCGUCGCAGGUGACGGUUUCGUCGGCCAGCGGUAGCUCCCUGCCGAAGGAAGACGCAGCCGACGGGGGGGACGUCGAUCAGCAGGUGCCGGACGUGAGCAGUCCGCUCAAGAAGGAGGGCAACGACAGUCCGGCACUCGGCAGCACAGCCAUGACCUCUAGCCAUCAUGCCGAUCUGGAUAUUCACUUCUUCAGCGAUACGGACAUUGGUACGGGCGUCAGUCCGCAGCAGUCGCGCCCGUCCACGCCCAUCCAGAGUGAUACGGAGUUUGAGAUUUCACAGCGCGAGAAACCCGUCUCCGAGGAGGAGCGACUGAUGUACGGUAACUCGUGGAACUGGGGCGAGCUGCCGACACAGGUGGAGCCGAAGGCGGGCGAUGCGGAAGCGGGCAAGCAGGCGCAGCACAACUCGAUGCUGACCGGGCUGAUGAGUCUGAUGAAGUACAACAACAAGAAGAAGCGCCAGAGCGUCCCGGACGGGAUGUAUUUGUCCGAUCUGGAUAAGCUGACCGAGCCGGAGAUUGCUCAGCUAUACUUUCCGUCGUUCUCGAAGCUGAAGCAGCAGCAGCAACAGCAUCAGGGCAAGCGUGGAAGCGGCGGCAGUGGCGAUGAUGAAGACCGCGAGAGUGGCAACGGAACGUCGAUCCCUCAAAGUCCUACCUCGAUGGAAGAUGGUCCCGGUGGGAAGGAUUCCGACUUCGAGGAGCGGGAUCAGCUGGUCAAGAGCGGCGGUGAUGGUACGGUCGAUCGUUCGAUCGAUUCCUUCGCACUCUCGCUGUGUGGUGGGCUGAGCGGUGCUGACGACAGUGCCGCUGGACCGACCGACGAGCAGUUCGAGCGCCACCGGCUGCAGUACGACAAUGUGCUUUCCGAUCCGAGCGUGUUCAAGUCGCCCGACCUGGUCGUGCGUAUCAACGGCAAGUACUACAGCUGGGAGGUAGCGUGCCCGCAGGUCAUGACGAUUCUUGCGUUCCGGUGCGGAUUGCCGAACGAGUUUCUGGCCAGCGCGACGAAGCCGAAAGCAGACGAUGGCUUGCCGGUGGCAGACAACAAGAAGGGCGAGGAACAAUCGCUGCAACAGCAAACGCAGCCGCAACCAAUUCAGCAACCGCAGCCUGCUGGCGGCAGUUGGUGGCGCUGGCGUCGGUCGAAUGAGUCGAAGCCGCCGGCACCGGCCGGUACGCCGCAGACGCCCAUCACACCGACGGCAGCGGCGGAGGAGUCGCCCGAUGGUUUGGACAUGAAGACGUCCGCCGCAGUGGGCACGCAAACGUCGCGUUCGAACUCGCCCGACGAUGAAAGCCACGAAGGAGGCAUGGACGCGACAGUGCCGACGUACAAGAACGCAUCGAAAACGGAGGACGGCUACAAUGGUUCGCUGUCGUCGGAGGAUUCCGAGCUGGCGAUGGAGAAAUCCAUGUCGGCAGGUGGCAUGCUGAUCGACAACAGCAGCGAGAAGACGCUGUUCCUGCUCGGUUGCGGCGAAAAGUACCGGAAAACGCUGCGCCUGUCGUCGGAGCGCAUCAAGGAGCUGAACCUGCUGGAUGGUAUGAACGAGAUCGAGUUCAGCGUGACGACUGCCUACCAGGGAACGACCCGCUGCAAGUGCUAUCUAUUCAAGUGGAAGCACAACGACAAGGUGGUGAUCUCCGAUAUCGAUGGCACGAUCACCAAGUCGGACGUUCUCGGUCACAUUCUGCCAAUGGUAGGCAAAUCCUGGGACCAGAUCGGUGUGGCGCAGCUGUUCUCGAAGAUCGAGGAGAAUGGGUACAAAAUGCUGUACCUGUCGGCCCGUGCCAUCGGGCAGGCGAAGACGACCCGCGGCUAUCUGCAGUCGAUCCGCCAGGGUGAUGUGAAGCUGCCGGACGGGCCGCUGCUGCUCAAUCCGACCUCCCUCAUGUCGGCGUUCCAUCGCGAGGUGAUCGAGAAGAAGCCGGAGCAGUUCAAAAUCGCCUGUCUGAAUGACAUCCGCGACCUGUUCCCCGAGCGGAACCCGUUCUACGCCGGAUACGGUAACAGAAUUAAUGAUGUUUGGGCGUACCGGGCCGUUGGUAUUCCGACGUCGAGAAUCUUCACCAUCAACCCGAAGGGAGAGCUAAAGCACGAGCUGACGCAAACAUUCCAAUCGACCUACGCCAACAUGGCAUACAUCGUGGACCAGCUGUACCCGCCGAUCAAGCACAUCGAAGAGGAAGACAAUGAGUACACCAGCUUCAACUACUGGCGCGAGCCAGUUCCCGAGAUUGACUUCAAUGCUUGUGACAUAUCCGGUUCCUCGUUGUCAUCGUCGGGUGCUGCUGCAUCCGCCACCACCACCUACCCAGCACCUACCGGCGGCAAGAUCACCCCGACGGCAACGCUGAUUCAGCAAGCAUUGCCAACCAUUCCCGAGAACUGAACCACCACCACCACCACCAGUGGAGACGGUGGAGCGCGAGAGCAGCACAGACAUAACCAAAUCCCUCAAUCGGUACCGCCGAUAUGGGGAAUGAAAUGACAAAACAAAAGAACUACAGGAAAAGACGGUUACAACACACACACCUUUCUACAACCCCAACAGAAGUAAUAGCACAGUAACAGACAAGGACAGAGCAAAAGAAAAGAAAGAACAAGCUAAGCUAAGAAACCAAUGAUUGGUACAAUAAUACUAAUAAUAAUAAUAAUAGUAAUUGAUAAUUAUAAUAAUAUUCAUACACAAGUUUACCGUAAGCUUUUGAACGCGAGUGCGCUUUGAAGUGGUCAUAGUCUCUUCUGUUCGCGUUGCUUCCAUUUCGCUUUUGGUUGGAUUGCUUAAUUUGUGGCUGAAGAGCAAAAACGAAAACAGCGAUUUAAAAUCCAAAGGAAUUGUAUAAGCAUCAUUAGUCUUAACCAGAGGCGCAGGCUUGAGCAGUAGCAGAUGAUGAUCGAACUAGCCAAGCAAGGCAAGAAUAUUAGUAUGCAAAGCAUCAGGAACAGGGUGGGAGGGACAGGUGUGAAGGGGCUCCUACAGGGGAGCAGAAAUGGGUUAAAGCGUGAGUUAGCUGUGAUCGAAAGGUAGUGAUAGAACUGAACAACACACAGAGAGAAAGGUCCUACCAGGAUGUGCUAAGAUGGAUAUGUGGAGAAAGGGAGGAAUUUAGUUUAGUAACACAGAUUGUACCAUUAUUGUACUCAUCGCUUCCACCGGCGCACCGGGAAGCGAGCCACACAGAGAGAACGAGAGAGAAAGAGAAUGCAGGACACAGAGGGACAACAGUGGAGAGAACGAUCAACAGCUUCUUGAUAGAGAAAUCGUCCCGCUGUAAAGUGGAAAGUGUCCUCUGUCCUCUGUACGGAGGAAAGUGUGGGUUGGGGUAGCAAAGCAAACAAAAGUAUGUGAUAAUUUUUUCUAUUUAUUUUGCUCUUUCGUUUUUUUUAGCAUUUCUUAGCGAGUUUCUUUAUUAUUUUUUAAAACUCUAAAUAGUAUCUAAUUUAUCGCUUAAAGAAUGUUUACGAGCGCAACAGUGUGUGUGAAGCGUUGAACCGCGAACGACGAAUGCAUUAGAGGAGGAAACGGAAGCAGAAAAAGACAGAUCGACAUCACAAGACUUGUGGGUGUGUGUGUGUGUGUGUCGUAGAAGCAGAAAGAGUGGAAGAAGCGGAUCGGUAUUUAGAAGAACACUGCUGCUUCGUAGCGAGCGAGCAAAUUUCAGUUCGCUCCUCUGGCGUUAUUGUGACCGUUUUUAGUUCCGUUGGAUUUAUUUCAAAGUUUUUCGUUACCUUUACUUUUAGGAAUAAAAAAAUAUACUGAUGUGAUUGGGUUGGAUUAAAGCAAGGAUCCGCCUGCACAAAGCGAAUUUAUUUUUUCUUUUCUUAUGCGAAUUUUUGAUUUGCUGUAAUUGCCGUACCGUGAAUGAUUGUUGUGAGUACCACAGUGUGUAAGGUGUAAUCGUUGCUUGCAAGCGCGUGCGAGUGAUUUGAACAAGCUACAAUGCAAAUAAAUCAUAUCCAUCAUGA